AAAGACUUGCGUCCUUGCCCCUUCGCAAUGAAAGCACGCUUUUAUCGCAUGAGUCCACAAGCGAUUGCUCUUUUGCACUUUUAUAACGCUUCAACGCUGACAGGCAAAAAAGCGUUCGCUAGGCCUAUCACCCGCAAUGGCAGACGGCUAAACAUUUUGAGUGAUCAAAAAUUAGCAUUUCAAAGGACUUCCUAACAAUGUUAUUCAAAUAACAAUCAUUGCAGAGGAAAGAAGGAACUUGAAGUCAGCCACCCUUGGCGCCCGCUACUCUCUGGUUGAUGUCAGAGAAAUGAUAACGUUUUUUGGAAGUUAACGUUUGACUUGAAGACUACUAAUCGCCUUGGAAGUCGGGGUGUAUCAUGAUACAUAGGAGAUUCUCCAAACUGAAGGCGCUUUUCUUCGUUUGUGCAGCUAACCUUGUUCUAGUGUUUGUUAUAAUUACCUACUACGACUUCAGGAAAUCAUCGCAAUUCCGUAAACCUUUCUUCUCAGAUAGACUUGAUAUAUCACUGGAUGGCCGCCAUUAUAUCCAAAGGGACACAAGAUGUACUCCAAAAAAGAACGUUGUCUUUUUGAAGACGCACAAAACCGGAAGCAGCACCAUCACCAACAUCUUACACCGAUAUGGGGAGAAGCACGACUUGAUCUUUGCUCUUCCUGCAGAAGGCAAAAACCGACUAGGUUGGCCGUGGUUCUUUCAGCAAAAUCACGUCAAGCAAUACAAUGUUACGCCAAACAUUCUCUGCAGUCACGCACGCUACAACAAAGCCGUCCUGACCUCACUCAUGCCAAACGAUACAGUGUACGUCACGAUAUUGCGUGACCCUGUAACGCAAUUCGAAUCUACAUUUUCGUAUAUGAAUUUCGGUGAACUCCUGGGAAUUUCUAACGAAUCCGAUGCACUGAAAACAUUCUUGGAUAAGCCAAAGGAAGUCUUGGUUGAUUACGUUUUAACAAAAGACCUUAGAGUCUACAGCGACCGAGUGAAACUUAUUCGGAAUGGCAUGUUCUUUGAUUUGGGACUGGAGUCUAAAGACUUCGAAAAUAAAAACCGCAUUGCGGACUCUAUCAAGGAUUUGGAGUCUCAAUUUGAUCUAGUUAUGCUUAUGGAGCAUUUUGAUGAAUCACUUGUUCUCUUGAGAAGACUUCUAUGUUGGGAGCCAAAUGACGUGCUAUACUUCCAUCUAAACCAAAGACAAGAUGUCCACAAAAGAGUGCGUCUGCCUGAGAAACUUGCUCGUAAGAUUCGACAAUGGAGCGGAGCGGACGUAAUUCUUUAUGACCAUUUUCGCAAAGUUUUCCAUAAAAAGAUCAGUCAAGAAACAGGAGACUUCCACAGUGAGAUUCAAGGCCUAAGAUUCAAAAACCAGUACAUACAACACAUGUGUCUUGACUCACAAAAAUCCCAACAAGGGGAAUUCAAUCCCGAAACUAAAGGUUUUAUCAUUCGUCGUAACAUAACGACAGCGAUGAAGAACACAUGUGAUCGUAUGGCUUGGGACGAAAUCAGAUAUCAAAAGUUUCUUAAAAAGAAGCAAGACGUUAUGCUACGGAGAAAGCAGUCUUGGUGGAACAACAUGUGGCGGAGACUGGUGACUAUUUAUCACCCCGUAUAAUUGGUUUGGUGGGGAAAAUCUGCGAAUAUACCGAUUAACAAUAAUUAAUGUAAAAAAACAAAAUUCAUCCUUUCAAACAUCAUCUUAUCGUGUAAUGUAAAUAAUAUUUUAUAAAACCUGCGACUUUG